AUGGCAGCUCACGCCACCGCCGCCGCCGCCGCGCCUCUUCCGCCGCCAUCGGAGCCGACGGCCGCCUUCGGUACGAAGCCGCCGCCUAGUCCGCCGCCGCCGCCGCUUUCGGCCGACGAGUCCGACGCGCCGCCAAAGAAGCGGAAGCUGGAGGAGUUGGGGUUUCACGACUCGCCCUACUGCAGGAUCAGAGAAGCUGUCGCCAACCUCCGCGGCCGCUUCCUUCAGGUUUGCCAAGCUACUGAUUCCCAAAAGAAAGCUGCUGCUCUCGAGAUCCUGAAAGAGAUAAAAGUUGUCAUGGAAUUAUCCAAGAAAAUGCGGCUUGAUAUCUCUGCUGCUGCUGAGCCUGCUAAACCAUCAGACAUACCUGCAGUUAGAGAUGUCACGAACAAACCUGCAGGAAAAGUUCCAUCUGGAGGGAAGAAUCAAGUGCCCCAGAUUGGCCAGGAUAAAGGCAAGAAGGUACCACUCAAGCCUGUAAGCUCGCAGACUCCUGCCGUGGGGAUUCGUCGAAAAGCCAAUCCAAGUGACACGGCAAACCAUGGCAAUCAGCUGCUGGGCGGGCGCUUGCAAGGGUCUUACGUCGUUGGUGGAUCUCCCAUGGGCUGGAAUUUUCUCAUGUGGCCUGGAGGUAAAGCAGUCUACUAUGGCUUGACCAAAGCAGAGUGGUUGGCACGUCAAGCUGCAGAGUGA